UUAAAAGUAUUUUAUUUAUAUUUUGUGCUUGUCAGUGUGUAGCUUACUUAGAUCUACCUAUAUUUUGCUUCUCACUAGGUAUUUUUUUUACUCGUAAUGAGGUGGUCUUAAAAUUAGGCUAUAAUUAGCGAAUUGGUGUAAUGUUAUGGUGAAUAAUAUUAUGCGAGUGAAAUCAGGUGAGAUUGAGAAGAAAAAGAAACUGCUGAGCUGCCAAGCACAUUUGUACCAAAGUUUCAACUUCAAGUCGCUAGUCUUGUGCUAGCUAGCCUACAGUUUAGUUGUUGCUGACUGCUGACUGUUGCCCCCACUGUUGCUGUUGGUAAAGUCGCCGGACAACAACGCUUCAAAUUUGAAGUAGUAAACCCUUUUCCUUUUAUAGUUCUUGAACUUUUUUAAUAGAAACUUUUUAAAUAUAUCUUACUCACAAUGGGAAGUAAGCAGAGGAGACUAAAAAGUUGGAAGCUAAAGCUACGUUCGAAAAUGAAGAAGCUGAGAGAAGCGCAAAUGGCACACAAGGCUGCAGCAAAAUUUUCAAAGACACUGCAGCCUGAGCCACCACCACCACCGCCACCACCUUCAGGUGUUGGUCAACCACAUCUGGAGAUGUUAACAGUGAGUCAACUGCAAGAUCAGACCGCAAACUUUGGGAAUAAUGACGGUCUUGUGAGAUCACAACCUGCUCUAGAGAUCGAGAACAGCACUAUUGAAAAGCAUAUCCAGGAUCCAAAUACUAAGGCUACUCCUUUUGCAGACACAAGCAACUUUGUUUUUGAAAAAUUUGACCGGAGUGGAUGUGUCAUUGUAACAACAGACUCUGGUCAGCCCAUGACGGUAGUUUUUGAGAAGAAUAUUCACAUUCAAGUCUUGUUUGAUCCUGUGAAAAUGGCUGCUAUCUCAGUCAGUGACCCAUCCAGUGCUUUGUUGGCUUUUACUCCCAAAGGGGAACAGCAACUGACUGAGGUUGAAGAGAUGAGUUCUGUCAUUAUUGAAAAUGCUAUAUCUGGACUUGAGAGAGACGUAAUAAGUGAAAAUGAUCUUUUACAUAUACAAAGGGGAGAAGUUGCUUCUUCCGAUCAAAUGGAUAAAGAAAAAAGUAAGAACCCACCCCGCAGGAAAAGGAAGCAAUCAAAAGUGGUGGAAGAAGAUGAGUGUUACUGUCAUUACUGUGAUUUACCGCUACGAAACAGGUCCAAGUAUGUGAGCCAUUUACAAAAGAAACACCCGAAUCGGAGGGAUAGCAAGAAGUUGAUUAAGGAAUUUUCAAAGGUUAAGAAUGUGGAAGACAGUGAUUCUAGUGACAGUGUGAGUGAAAGCAUUGAGGAUUUGUCCAAGGUUGAUGAGACUGAAAUGUUAGAGUGUGGCCAGUGUGAGGUCUCUUUCAGAACUCAAUCUGGCUUUGAUCGGCAUCGCAAGUGGCAUUUGAGAGAGAAGAAUGGAGGAGAGAUUCCAGUAGUGGACAAACAAAAUUUGAUAGAACAAGAAGAAUCUGUAGUGGAUGACAAUAAUCAGGGACUUGUUGAUGAGACUGAAAUGUUAAAGUGUGGCCAGUGUGAGGUCUCUUUCAGAACUCAAUCUGGCUUUGAUCGGCAUCGCAAGUGGCAUUUGAGAGAGGAGAAUGGAGGAGAGAUUUCAGUAGUGGAUAGACAGAAUUUGGUAGAAAAUGAAGAACCUAUAGGAGAUGACAUGAAUGAGGAACUUUCAGAAUCAAGUGAAGAGGGACAUUCAACAAAGGCAAUCAUACUUCAGGCUGCCCCGGCCAAAUUUGCCUGUUCUUUCUGUGAGGAGAAAUUUCCUUCCUUGUUGACACGUAAGAAACACAUUCAACUCAAGCAUCCAGAUGAAUUAAAGUGCAAGUAUUGCGGAAUUAUUUUUGUUUCUCUUUCAGCUUGUGAGACACAUUGUAAGACUCAUGGACCAUUUUGCUUUGUGUGUAAACAGUUGUUUUCUACCUGGGGUAACUUAAACAUUCACUGGAGGGACAAACAUUUAGAUUCUGUGGAUGCUGAAGGCAACAAAAUAUUUGAGGAAUGUCCAAAAUGCAUUCUUGUAUUUGCUGAUAAAAAGAAAUUUGUGAAACAUUUGAAAUACCAUGAACGAUAUGAACAAAGAGACAAAUAUGUUUGCCAUGUAUGUGCCAAAGUCAUUCAGUCUGGGUCUGCUUUUCAGACGCAUGUGCGAAGCCAUAAUACUGACAAAGGUAUCACUGACCGGAUCCCAUGUGACCAGUGUGGCAAGAUGUUUGCCGAUGAACAUGCCCUCAACAAUCAUCAUGCGAAGCUGCACAGGGCAAAACCUUACAAAUGUAAAGUUUGUAGCAAGGCUUUUGCUCUUUCCUUUCACUUGAAACGUCAUCAAUACCAACACAUUGCCGGCAGACCGCACCAGUGUUCUCUAUGUCAGAAAUGUUUUUCCCAAGGUCAUAAUCUGGCUGUGCAUAUGAGGACCCACACGAAGGAAAGACCCUUUAGCUGUGUCCAUUGUUCACAACGCUUUAGCCACAAGUGUUCACUACAGGGACAUGUUGCCUCAAAACACAAUUCAGAUACACUGGUCUGUUAAUUCUUUUACCAGUUCAAAGUUUAUUUCUUACACGAACAUGUCUUUGAAUAUUUGUCACUGUUCUUGUGUAUACUUCAGCAGCCUCUGAGUUUCUGCCCUUUGACUCAAUGCCUUGUUCUAGUUACCAGAGUUGGUGAAGUGACACUCCAAAAGUAAUGUAUGCUGAGUAAGAGUAAGCAUGAUAAUUUGUAUUCAAGUGAAAUGGAAGUAAAUGUCUAAAUAAGUAGCCUAUGUUAUUCAGUUAAGUCAGAACUGUUUUGUAUAGUUUUUUGAGUACUUGUAUUACAAGAAGAAGUAUACAACUACAAUCAAACCUCAUUAUAACUGCCUACCCUGGGACAAGCAUUAAGUUGGCUGUACAGCGGGGAUGGCGGUAUAACUGGAUAGCACCGAUUGCCAUCUUGUUUAUUAUUAGAGACAAGAAAACCAAUUGUGGUCAGUCUUGACUCAUCUAGAGCUGUCAUGCAUGAUUGCCAUGCGCAGGGAAAAACAAGUAGUAUCCAAUUACAUGUACAGCUCCAGCUGAACUUUAAGUAAAGUUCAAAUUGAUAUGAUAGUUUGGCUAUAUAUAUUAUAUUUCAAGGACCCUGUUUUAGUAAAUUUUUCAAACUUCGAUUCCCGUCAGUCCUUGGACCACCUCGGACCUUUCCCGUAGUAGUAGUACUAUGAAUCUUCAUGAGCGCUUACGUACGUUUUGGUCACUUAGCUCAUAUCUGGUGAUGUCAUAUAUUUUACUGUCAGGCUGAAAUAGCGCAGUUCUUCAAGUGUCUCCUGGCCACUUUCAAAUUCAAUUCCAACUUUUAAAAAUAGAAUUAUUGGCCAAAGCCUAAAAAUAAAAGCAUUUUCAUAAUCAGCCCAAGCCAGGAGAAAAUGGGCGACAAAAUAAUACUAGAAAUAGGCUGAACUCGCAGAAACUUCUCGUGGGAAAGAAAUAAUCAAACAGCCACCGAGUGAGUGCUGUGUGCUUCCUUUAGAAGGAUGCAGAUAUUUGGAUUGAGAACAGGGGGGAAAUAGAUACUGUAACUUGUAACUUAACCUGUCAGACCUGCAUCCCCCUCUCCUCCCCCGACCCUUACUUAACCCUAUACUUGGCCUCUUUGGUGAGGCGUAGAGAGCUAAGAGCUCUCAAUUCCUAGUUGACCGGGAAUCUGACCUAGGUGUUGGUUAGUGCAUUUCCGAUGUACAGGGAUGAUGGUCUGAUGGAGUUAAGAUUUAAACAUGUAUUGUCAUCACUUUCUUGUUAUGUCUGUUUUCGAUUGAAGGGAAAAUUGUAAAAAAAUUGUCAGAGCCUGAUAUUUUUAGAGCAGAAAUUCUUAUCUUGUGUAUAACCCCAUUGUUUGUGUUUUUGUUUGUGAUUUGUAGUGGCUGGGUAGGUUGUGUUGAAAUAUUUUAACUUGGGUGCUGCUAAGCAGAGGGGAUGAACUGAUUUAAACAAAUUAAACCUUGUGUUAUUGCUGGAUUUUUAUCAAGUCAUGAUUCUUUUUCGUUGAGGCUAAGGCUAUUUUUGUUAAAUUUGUUCAUUUUUAUGUAAAAAUACUGAUCUUUAACACUUACUGAAAGACAAAACAUAAAAGACGUGCCUUGUGGCUUAUAUAAUUUUUAAGAGAUUUAUUAUACUAAUGAUACGUAUUACGUAUUAAUCAAAUUUUAAAACAGAAUUCUUUCCCUUUUUUAAAUGAUUGUCUUUGAUGUAGACCUAGCGGUUUUCUGUAGCAUGCCGGAGAUCUGAGUUUGUUUCCAGAAUGGGGAGAAAAUUUUGAUUGAGUGUAUCAGUCUUUAUGCUGGGAUGUUGUAUCCUGCUCAGUCUGGGUUGGCCCUGACGGGCACGGCCGGAAACCUGCUUCUUAAGUGAUCUAAAUUGUGUUGACAGGGGCGUUAAGCCUGUGAAUAUAAUAGAUUUUUAUUUUUAUUGUUUCUUUAUUUCUUUAAAUUUUAGUGAAUUUCUCUUAUUAACUUUUUCACCUUUUCUCAUCAGUUUGUCUUUCAUCAUUUUAAUACAUGUAUUCUAUUUAUAAUGUUCUUGCAGUCCAUGUGCACACUACAAGAAGUUAUGUAUACAUGUUUUCUGGAUUUUUAAAUUGAUUUUGUUAAAACAAGUUUGAGUAUUGGAUUGGAUUUUUAAGGGAUAUUGUGUUGCUUCCUUAAUGAAAAAUGAGAAUUUGUUAAAAUAAAAAGGCUUUUCAAUAUAUUCUGGAUCUCAUUUCAAGAUAUGUGUUUAUAAAAUGUUCUUUUUGUGUGCUGCUCUGAAGCAAGUCUUGACAUCUGAGACUUUUUUGGGGUGUAUGUUUUUGGUUCGGGAUGAAUAACAAAGGAAGGCAUUUAUUUGUACACAGCCGGAUGGCUGGCUGAGUACCUGUUUUCACAGGUGUGGGCCUUGCUUCAAGAACCUUCAAAAGCUCAAAAUUGUGGAAACAUCCUGAACGAAAUGUUAUGAGUCAGCCUGACCUAAAACUAACAGUUUUUGGUCCUGUUCGUUGGAAAGGUUCAUGGCUGGGGGAAGGACUUUGAAAUCUUUGCACAUGAUAUUGAUAAAAGAUUUUGAAGUUCCAAUUUUCUGGCAGAAUUGAGCUGUUUGUUGAUUCCAUUAGUAAAACGUCAGGAAGGGCACUUCGUCGGAUUUAGCCUCAGCUCGGUCCGACGUAGUGUCCCUUGGAAUGACACUUUACACAAAUUUCCUAUUUGGCUUGGUCCUCUCAGAGAAGGUAAUAGAACUAUAAAUUGUGUAGAUAGGGGCUUGAAACAUGCAGAAUACAUUUAUUUUAGCUACUUCUUUAGUUCUUUAUAUUUUAGUUUUAGUAAAUUUCUCUUAACAUUUUUACCAUUUCUCAUCAGUUUGUCUUUAAUCAUGUAAAUACAUAUCUACUUAUGACGUCCUUGCAGUUCAUGUGCACAGUACAAGAAGUUAUGUAUACGUGUUUUCUGGAUUUAUAAAAUGAUUUUGUUGGAUUUUAAGAAAUUUUAUAUUGUGUUGCUUCCUUCAUGAAAAUAAAUUCUGAGAAAAGACA